AUGUCGUCGUCAUCGAGCUCUAAAACAGGCUCAAAGCAACGCAAAAAUUCUGGUCUGACCGCAGAAUCGUUCAGACAUUCCGAAGAUACCCAAGAGAACCUCUUUGCUAUCGGCAAUUUCUCUGCUAAAUACAUUAGAAGAGGGGAGAGUCUGAGGCCCGGGUCGAGACAGGAUAGUAAGACCCGGAAGCCCAGCGAAUAUCGGCAGCCAAGCGAGUCCAGAAAGCAGAGUGAGUUGAGACAAGCCAAUAAAUCUAGUUCCCCGGUAAUUUCUGGGACAACUCAGGUGGAUGUCAAAAACUCAAGGCCGGUCACCAUUACGGGAGGGUUCCCUGAUGUCUUCUCCAAUCCGGGAAGCUUCAAUUCUGGAGUCCAUAUAACCUCGAUAACUAACAAAGACGUGAAUAAAGUGCCGGAUGACCGUCGCGAUAGUCGUACAAGCCGCCAUAGCGCCUUGUCUAGCAGUCUUUCGUGUUCAUUGCGCAACAAGGCAGACAGUUCUUUACUGGAUUCUCCAGCCGAUCCCCAAUUGGUUCAUCUGGUGGAGCAGCAUUUAGUACACGAGGGAAGAAAAGAUACUCGGGAUCUUGGAACCCCUUACAACUCUGAGAUAGAGGCCGCUCAAGGCGGAAUGCAUUCUCAGAUAGUUCCUCGUUCUCAGUCUGACGAUCAAGUUCUCCCUCAAGAUACUUUUGAUUCGCUCAAGCUUAAAGGAGGUGAUGUCACUAGAGGAAUAUAUAAUUGGGUGAGUAAUCAGAGACGUGGACAGUCUCCACUUCGUCGUGUGGCCAGCUCUGGAUCGAUCACUAACACCGAAGAACGCAGCAGACGGUCCACCGAUAUAUAUGGAUCGAUGGUUGAAGCGGGCGUCGGAUCCAGUGGUGAAGAUCACAUGUCCGUUCAUGAUAUGCUCGCUCCAGGUGGGUUUAGACGUAAUUUUGUGGCUUCAAAGCGUCGUAAUUCUGAAACCGGAUUUAUGACCAGAAACUUUAUUGAGUUUCUUGCCCUUUAUGGCCACUUUGCCGGCGAAGAUUUGAGUGAAGAUGAUGAAGCAUUGUCCCAACUAGAUGAAGAAAGUGAAACGGAGUAUUCUACAGACGAAGAAGUAUCCUCUACGGAAUCAGAACACGUUAUUACCAGUGACAACGAGGCUGAAACUGGAGAGGAUUUAACGGAAAUGCCAUUAUUUGUUGCUUCCCCACCAGCCUCAUCCCCAAAUGUUACCUACAAGAAUGCCAUGGAUACAGUUAGACGUGGAAGAUCAUCUUUUCAGUCUUUGGGAUCCCCCAAGACCCCUAUUACUAAUGGUACGAGGCGAAAAAUCAAGUCACACACUCACCGCAAAUUGAAGCACCUUCCUCGUCUGAGAUUGCGUACAGCCGUCUCUUCAUCUUCUAAAAGAAAGAAAACCAGUACUUUCAAAUCAUUAUUACUCUUGCUUAAGGCUUUUAUUGGUACAGGAAUAGUCUUCCUUCCGAAAUCGUUUUCUAACGGUGGAUUGAUAUUUUGUAAUGUGAUGAUUCUUAUCUUCUCGGCUGUCUCUUACUACUGCUUUGUUGUUCUUGUGAAGACCACCUGUAAAACGAACGUUAAAGGAUAUGGAGACGUUGGUAUGAAGCUUUAUGGAGAUAGAUUCCAGUUCCUCAUCCUAUUAUCUCUUACUCUUUCUCAGCUUGGAUUUGCAAGUACUUACGUCGUGUUUGUGGCUGAAAACUUUCGCUAUUUGGCCCAAACAAUCUUAGAUCAAUCCAAUGGUAUCGCUUGGUUUAUAUUCCUACAGCCUUUGUUUUUCGUUCCUCUUUCCCUAACAAGGAGCAUAGGUAAGCUUGGAGCUGCGGCAUUACUUGCUGACCUAUUCAUUUUCCUGGGUUUGAUUUACAUAUACUUUGAGUCAUCUUUGACUUUGAUUGAACAUGGGGUAUCACAGACGUCCCCAUUCAAGAGCGAAACUUGGACUUUAUUUAUUGGUACUGCGGUAUUUGCAUAUGAAGGUAUUGGACUAUUGAUUCCCAUUCAAGAAUCGAUGGCCGAGCCUCAGCAUUUUGAUAGUCUACUUCUAACUGUCAUUGUGAUCACGACAGUUGUUUUGACGACUCUUCCAACGAUUGCGUAUCUCAGUUUUGGCGAAGAUGUCAAGACUGUCGUUUUGAUGAACUUUCCUAGAAAUACUGCUUCUCUUACUAUUCAACUUCUUUAUACGUUGGCCAUUCUUCUUUCCACUCCAAUUCAGUUGUUUCCGGCCAUCAAAAUCAUUGAGAAUUAUCUUUUCCAUACGGACAGAGAUCAUUGGACCACGAAAAUACGCCGGAAUUCGGAGGCGUUAUCAUUGAUGCCAGACGUUGACGAUUCAACUAUGUAUGAAUCCACCGUAACACCGGAAAUGGAGUAUCACGAUUUGUCACGAUUAAAGCCACCUUCAACUUCGGCCGCCGCCACUGACUUGUCCACUUAUAACGAGAAUAUGGUGAACGACGAAGGAUUAGUAUCCGGAAAAUCUGACUGGAAGAUCAAGUGGAUGAAAAACCUAUUACGAGUUUUCAUAGUACUAUUGAUGUGUACCAUUUCUUAUUUGGGCUCCAACGACUUGGAUAGAUUCGUCUCUUUGAUUGGUAGCUUCACGUGUGUACCUCUCAUCUACAUCUAUCCGCCUUUACUUUACUUGAAAUGUUUUGAAGGAAAGGUUAGCGGGAUUGCAAAAUUCGCCAACUAUGCUAUCACCGCAGUUGGAACCAUUCUUAUGGUGUAUAUUAGUUAUCAGACGAUUUCCACGUGGUAA